UUUUAAUGUCAAAAAGCCAGUCUAAAAUCAACAUGUGAGGGUCAAAACUAUCAAAAACCCUCGACCAUUCCAAACCCUCAUCCUCCACAAUCACUAUCCAUGAUGAAAAGCCUAACAAAAAUUAUUCAAAAUCCCCGAUUCUUAAGGAAUUUAAGCAAGAAAUUUGGAAUGAUUGGAUCAAAUAUGGGCCUUUGGAAGAAAAACAAUGGGAAAAUGUUAGGAUAGAAGAUUUGAAGGAGAAAAUUACUGAAUUUAAAAUUGAAAUGUUGACUUCUCUUGAUGGAUAUGUUGAAACUCAUGGAAGGAGACAUCAGAAGAAGUCAGAUUCAGAUUCAAAGCAAAGAGGAUCAUUUGAAUUCAAAUAUUUUGGCCAAGUAAACAAUGCAGGCCAGAGGCAUGGAAUUGGAGUCUGUUUGUAUAGAACAGGAAGAAUGUACCAAGGAACUUGGCAUGAAGACAAAAGGUCCAGUUACGGAAAAGAAACUCUCUCCAACAACCAGACCUAUCAAGGAGAGUUCAAGAACGGUAAAUUUCAUGGAGAAGGGCUAUAUACCUGGACUAACGGCGAUACCUACAACGGUAGCUGGCAAAACGGACUUAAGCAUGGACAAGGUACUUGGAAGCGAGAAAAUGGAGACUUUUAUAAAGGGAAUUGGUUUCAAGGAAAAAUUGAGGGCUUCGGAAUUUAUAAGAGCAAACAUGGGGAUAACUAUGAAGGCGAGUGGAAGAACUUCAAGAGACACGGCAAAGGAAUCCUAAUCGAUAAAUAAUCAGAUCACAACGAUCGGAGAAUUCAAGGACGGCCUCAUAGAAGGGUUUGGAGAACGAAUAUGGACAGGUACAUCUACAAGCUCUCAGGAAUGUCACCAGUUUACUUAUAAAGGACAUUUCAAGAAUGGACAAAUGAAUGGCCAAGGAAAAUGGCGCAAAGGGAUGGGAGAGACUGCAAAUAUUUACGAAGGCUCUUUUAAAAAUGGUAUGAAGCAUGGAAAAGGUACAUUUACCUGGAGAAAAACAAGUGAUUCCUACACAGGAGAGUUUAAAAACGAUCUCAGAGAUUGCUAUGGAGUCUAUACUUGGGCAGAUGGUACUAAGUAUGAGGGACAAUGGAAAAAUACCAUGCAUGGAGAAGGCAAGAUGAUUUACACCUCUGGUAAAAUUCAGAAGCAGUAUUACAUUCGUGGCAGGCUAAUUACUGGUUCUGAAAAACAAAGAAUAACUCUAAAUCAGCUCAAGGAUAAGUAUCUCAAACUUAAUAUUGUUAAGAAAAAGAUUGUAUUGGCUUUUAGUGGAGAUCAUUUAAACAAAGCCGAAGAAAGCCCAAAAAGAACAGUGAAAGCUUUUAAUCCUAAAAUAAACAAAGAUUUUGAAAUUAAUAAGAAAGCAUGAAUAUAUGCGAUCCCACUAAGUUCUAAGUCAGUGCACAGACCUAUAAAGAGAGAUCGAACCACAAUGGCCCAGUACAGCAAUCUUGUGCAGACUAGGAUGAACCGGUCGUCUGAAGCAUUCACAAGAUCUUUCAGCAAUAACAGUAAAGUCAAAGAUCUGUCUAUGAAGAUAACUGAAAAUACAAGUAAGCUCCCUGAUGAGUACACAAGAUGAGCUACAGCUCAGAAUGACUCCUUUGGAAGGUCAUUUAUGAUGAAUAGCUCUCAAAACCCUCAAACUUCAAUAGUUGAAAUGAAAAAUUUAGACCUUGGAGGUACAUCUUUUGACAAGAGAAUACAGAAUUCUCAGGUUUCUAUAUCAAAAACAAACAAAAAAUUGUAUGGAUCUCUAGAUCCAAAUGGAAGAGUCAGUAUUGGAGACUCGACUCUUUCAAGUGGUAUUUACAAGAAUUUUGUUGGUGCAAAUCCAUUUCAAAGAGCUCAAAGCGAGAACUCAUUUUCAAAGAAAAAAUCAUGUAGUGUUCAUAAUCCCCAAAAGAUACUAAAGAGUAGAGAUCUGUCUGGUCAAAGGUCCCGACCAGUCCAGCUGGAGAAGGAGCACUGUGAUCUGAAGUUGAGUCAGUACAAACUUGAGAGGUUUAUCAAAGCUUAUAGGGACAGAAGCAGAGGUUCAAAAUUUAGCACCGUUUCUGAUCCUCAAUAA